UGGGAGCGGCUAGGAGGUCGGGGGAGGAGCUUGAGCGCCGGCCGCCGUCCCGGCUCUACCAGACAUCGUGUCUAGUCUCUGGUUACUGCCGUCCGGCCGCUGGCCCCCCGCGGUACUACGGAGGCCAGUCGCUCGCCCGCCCGCCAGGAGCAGCCGCCAGCUGGGGCGACAGCGGGGGAUGGAAGCGGAGAACGCGGGCAGCUAUUCCCUUCAGCAAGCUCAAGCUUUUUAUACAUUCCCAUUUCAACAAAUGAUGACAGAAGCUUCUGAUAUGGCAGUGAUGAAUGAACAGCAAAUGCCCACAGAAGUUCCAGACCCAGCUCCUGCUCAGGAACCCGUACAAGAGACUCCAAAAGGAAGGAAAAGAAAACCCAGAGCAAAAGAACCCAAAAAGCCAGUAGAACCUAAAAAGCCUGCUGAGGCCAAAAAAUCUGGCAAGUCCACAAAAUCAAAAGAAAAGCAAGAAAAAAUUACAGACACAUUCAAAGUGAAAAGGAAGGUAGACCGCUUUAACGGUGUUUCAGAAGCUGAACUUCUAACCAAGACCCUCCCAGACAUUUUGACCUUCAAUCUGGACAUUGUGAUUAUUGGCAUAAACCCAGGACUGAUGGCAGCUUACAAAGGGCAUCAUUACCCUGGACCUGGAAAUCAUUUCUGGAAGUGUCUGUUCAUGUCAGGCCUGAGUGAGGUCCAGCUGAACCAUAUGGAUGAUCACACUUUACCAGGAAAGUAUGGUAUUGGAUUUACCAAUAUGGUGGAAAGGACAACACCAGGCAGCAAAGAUCUUUCCAGUAAAGAAUUUCGUGAAGGAGGACGUAUUCUAGUGCAGAAAUUACAGAAAUAUCAGCCACGAAUAGCAGUGUUUAAUGGAAAAUGUAUUUAUGAAAUUUUUAGUAAAGAAGUUUUUGGAGUUAAGGUUAAAAACUUAGAAUUUGGACUUCAACCCCAUAAGAUCCCAGACACAGAAACCCUCUGCUAUGUUAUGCCAUCAUCCAGUGCAAGAUGUGCUCAGUUUCCUCGGGCCCAGGACAAAGUUCAUUACUACAUUAAGCUGAAAGACUUAAGAGAUCAAUUGAAAGGCAUUGAACGAAACACAGAUGUGCAAGAGGUACAAUAUACAUUUGAUCUACAGCUAGCCCAAGAGGAUGCAAAGAAGAUGGCUGUUAAGGAAGAAAAAUAUGAUCCAGGUUAUGAAGCAGCAUACGGUGGUGCUUAUACAGAAAAUCCGUGCAAUGGUGACCCUUGCAGCUUCUCUUCCAGUGGGCUAACUGACAGUGGAGAAUCAUCUUUCGGUGACAUUCCAAAUGGGCAAUGGAUGACCCAGUCGUUUACAGACCACAUUCAUUCUGUUAAUAAUCAUCGUGAAACCCAAGAACAGGAAGAAGGAAACCAUGCUUAAGAGUGGUGUCUCUCAGCUCUACUCAAAUGCUGCAGUUUUAAUGCAGUUGUCAAGAAGUAGUCCUCAGUUUGCUGACAGGCAUUUUAUUAGUAUUUUGCUCUGGUGAUACAAUGAUAGUACAGUUGUGUGGUAGAAUCAACUGUAUGAACCUAAGUAAGUGGGAAAGGAAGAAGUGGGUUUUUUUGUAUUUGAAUUAACCAUCAUUCCAGCUUUUUAUAAACUAUACUUCAUUCAUGAAGAAACUGAUUUUCUUGUGGGAGUCACUUUUAAUCUGUAAUUUUAAAAGAAACAUUCUGAAAAAAAAUUCUGAAUAUUUAUACUUGAUUAUUAACUGUGCAUAAACCCAGAUACACUGUUACUUCUUUUAUGCUUAAGAAGGACAUGCUAAUAAUAAUUACCACUGGUAAAGAGGCGGAUGUAUUCAUUUUUGUAUAUGAAGUUAACCCACAGUGGAGUCUCACUGGGUAGUCGUUAGCAGCGUUUGAGUUGUAUUCACACUCAGACCUCUUUAUCUCCACUGGUUUAUGAGAGAUGCUCAGCAGUAGAAGUGUAGUUUGGCCUUAGGGCAGCAAGGCUAGCCUGGCCUUCCCUGCCAGGAUACCAAGCCCUGGGUGUAAAUCCCCUAGUACAGGCAGAAUGGGAAGUUCCAGAGAAUGAAGCAGACCUUUUUUAAGUUUGUUACUUCCUCUGUGUUUUACCUGAGAGACAUACAUUUGAUAGGGAAGGAAUUGAAUUUUUCUUACAAUAUCUGUCGCCAUUCUAAUUUUAUCCUUGGCUUUAAGGGUACGACAUGGAAAGUGGUGAGAAAUGAACUCUCAGGCUGAGCAGCAAUAUGCUGGAAGUGUUUGAUAAUCUUAUUUAAACUGGUGCUUUAUGUACAUGAGAUGUAUUAAAAUAACAAUUUUUCUUGCUAGGUAUAUCUAGUCAGUAAUUUAAAAAAAAUCUCUGCAUCAUUGCUGUUACUGUGGACUUACUGAGCUUCACGGCAGGGUUGGUUUGAAGUAACAUCCCUUUGUGAUUUUUCUGAUGCCUCUUCCAUGGUGCUACAAAUAGUCCAGACUACUCGGCCUGGUGGAUAGUGAAGCUAGGUAUUCAGAAAUGCUACUGCAAUUAACUCCUGGUCACUUCUGAAUGUCCUGAUUUCAUACAUACCCAGGGAGCAUGCUGUUUUUCAAUAUGAAAAUAUUUAUGAGGCUUUGGGGUUUUUUUUCCUCUAAGAGAUUAUAUGUUCUUCUCUAUGUAAUAAGAGAAACAAAUUCUUAUGAAUCUUUUUUUUUUUUUAAUUCUUGUGAAUCUUAACAUGCUUUUUAGCUGUGGCUAUGAUGGAUUUUAUAUUUCCCUUAGUCUAGGUCAAGCUAUGUAAAAGUUAUUCAACUUAUGUUAUUUAACUCAUGUACUGUACUGCUGUUUACAUGGAUGUUUUAUGCGGGUGCUUUGAAGUGCCUUGCAUCAGGGAUUAGGAACAAUUGAAUUAUUUUUUCAUGGGACUAUGUAAAGCAUGUAAGUAGGAAUUGCUUUGGUGUAUAAUAAUUGUAGCCUUACAUUAGAUUGUUUUUCUUUGAGUAGAGAAAAUACUCUUUAAAUUAUGAUGGACACUCAUUAGAGAAUGAGUUUGAAGAUUUUCCAAGCUUACAAUAAUGGUGUUUUUCAUUACAUAUGAAAAAUGAGUGGUAAAUGUUGAUAUAUCCUAUACAUGAUAAUAUGGGACUUUUUCAUUAAAUAAUAUUGAAAAAGUUUUUAAAUUCA